AUGACUUCUCUUGAUGGACUCUUUUCCUCUCAGGUGUGGUUCCAGAACCGCAGAGCCAAGUGGAGGAAGAGAGAGCGUUUUGGUCAAAUGCAACAGGUCCGCACACACUUCUCGACUGCUUAUGAGUUGCCUUUGCUCACUCGGCCUGAAAAUUAUGCACAGAUCCAGAACCCUUCAUGGAUUGGGAGCAGCAGCGGAGCCUCUCCAGUGCCAGGCUGCGUUGUACCAUGUGAUUCAGUUCCCUCCUGCAUGCCCCCUCACCCUCACGUUCCAGGAGGGAUGUCUGACUUCCUGGGUGUGCCCAGCCCAGGGAGCAGCCACAUGGGACAGACACACAUGGGCAGCCUGUUUGGGGGUGCUGGGAUUGGCGGGGGAAUCAAUGGCUAUGACCUCAACGUUGAUCCAGACCGCAAGUCCUCCAGCAUCGCCGCGCUGCGUAUGAAGGCCAAGGAACACAGCGCAGCCAUCUCCUGGGCUACAUGAUGUCCCAUCGCAGGUCCCACCCUGCCUCCACAUGGCCAGGAGGCACCAGAAAGCACUGAGGGGAGGAGAGGGGAUAGGAGGGGGCGGUUUGUCUGAAAGCACUAAUGAUAAUGCAGGUCACAUGAACAGAGAACCGAACAGCAGCAAAACGAGCAAGACAAAUGUAACAGAGUCAGCAGAUGGUGAAAGUAAGAAAAAUGCAGAAAUGCUGCUUCCAUCCUCCAUCCCUUCAUCUUUCAGGUCUCAUUGAAAUACGAAGUUUACACCCCAAUAAAUCAAGUUGGUGUCAAACUGGUGACAAGUUCAGAAAAACUAAAAUUAACUAAUAUGGUUAACAUCAAUCCAUCAGAGCAAAAAGAUUCACAUUACUAUUUUUUUUAGCUUUUUCAUAUUUUAAUUUGACCUGUUCUGACACUUUCAUAUAAGGUCACGUUC